AUGGAGCCCACUCAAGUACCUGGUCAGAUUAGCAAAGAUAAGUUUUUAGAACUUCCUAAUCUGUCUGAUUCUGUGUGUGAAGAUGAAGAGGUUAAGGCGACCUUCAAGCCUAGCUUCUCCCCUCAGCCAAGCAGAAGAGGGUCGGGAUCCUCUGAAGAUGCCUAUCUGGACACCCCAACCUCAGCUUCUCGGAGAGUCUCCUUUGCUGACAGCCUUGGACUGAGUCUUGUCUCUGUUAAAGAAUUCGAUUGCUGGGAAUUACCAGGUCUUUCAACUGAUUUUGACUUAAAUAGGGAUAUUUUCGCCCCAGAAGAAUAUGUUCUAUCUCCACUGUUUGAAUUGCCUUCUUCCAAAGACGAGCUUAUGGAACAACUUCAAGGCCAGAAAGCAGUGUUGGAGUCCACUGAACACCUUCCUGGGUCGGCAAGUGUGAAGGGCAUUAUUCGAGUUCUGAACAUUUCUUUUGAGAAGUUAGUGUAUGUGCGCAUGUCUUUGGAUGACUGGCAGACAUAUUAUGACAUUUUAGCAGAAUAUGUUCCUAAUUCGUGUGAUGGUGAAACCGACCAGUUCUCUUUUAAGAUUUCAUUGGUUCCUCCUUACGAAAAAGAUGGCGGUAAAGUGGAGUUUUGUAUACGCUAUGAAACUUCUGCUGGCACAUUUUGGUCUAAUAAUAAUGGCACAAAUUAUAUACUGGUUUGUCAAAAGAAAAAGAAAGAGCCAGAACCUACAAAGCCAUUGGAAGAAGCUCCCAGUAGGCAAAUAAAAGGCUGCUUAAAGGUAAAAUCAAGUAAAGAAGAACCAUCACUAACACCAGAAGAAAAUAAAUUUGAGAAUUUAAAGUUCACAGAUCCCUACAUCCCAACCAUCAUUUGUUCUCAGGAGGACAAGGAUGACUUGGGAGGCCAUCACCAAAAUGUAAAAGACACCAACAGAGAGCAGGAGGGACAUAAUGAAAAAGAAUUAGACUUGAUGAUAAACCAACGGCUAAUUCCUUCCAUGGAUGAAAAGAAUCCAAUUUCAACAGAUCCAGUCAACUUCACAAACAAAGCUGAGGGGUCAGAGAAGCAAGUGUAUCCUGAAGUCCACACUGACUUGUUCAGAAGGCCUUUGUCUCCAAGUUUAUCAGCAGAAAGCUCCUUAGCGAGAGAUUUCUAUCAUAGCAGAGACUACUCCCCUAAAAGUGAAUAUGGUUACCCACCUUCAGAAGAAAUCCUUUCAGAUGUGGUAGGAAUGGGGCCAUCACUGGGAAUUGCUAGUUCUGGCGAAUUAGUGCAAUUGGCCCUCUACAACAAAGAAGUCCUGGAUGAUAAUGCCAACCCAGCCCAUGGGAGUGGCAGAGCACAAACAAUGUGUUCUUCCUCUGAUCAACUAAUGUCAGGGGACCUUCAGAAUAAUGAAGCAGGAGUCAAAAAACCUGAAAUAAAAGAUUACAAAUACUCAGGCGGAGACUUCUCUUUAGAGGCAUCCUCCACAAAUCUGGAAGAAUCAAAGGCAUCUUCCAAAGAUGAUUAUGUCAAAGGCAAUGAUGAGAAGGAGCAGAAAACAGGCUUAGGUGUUAAUGAAAACCCAGGCAAGAAUUUUCAGUCAAUAUUCCAGAACCAAGAGGGGCACAUGGGGUACCCAAAAGUAAGCAUUGGAGAGGCUAAUGGCAAAAACCAAGACUUGCCCACUCUACUGAGCAAAGACACAGCUACCACCCAGGUGGUAAGAGUAGAUACCUCUCCUUCAACAAAGACAAAAGGAAAUUGGAGGGAAGCUGGCCAAAGUACCAAUUUGGAACCAAGAACUACUUACCUUGGUUCUCCAAGAAAUGGCAGUGACCUGACAGAGGGUGAUCUCUUUCAAGCUGAACGGGAAAACCCAGAUUCUAGUAAUCCUACAGAUCAGAAUAUGAACACUCCGCACAAAAAAAAUUGGAAUGUUCUGGAAAGUCAGCCAGAAACAAGAGGGAUCGAAACAAAUAUAACCAAGCAUAUCAGAGAACAAGCAGAGUGUAAAGACGUGUGGGAAAAAAGAGAUAACACAAGGAAUGCGGAAGCUACUCCUACAGAACAAUUGUUUACCUGCCGAGAGACAGAACGCUAUGAACUGUCUUCUCUAGCUGAUCAUGGUAUUACUGAGAAGGCACAAGCAGUUACAGCUUAUAUAAUUAAGACAACAUUAGAAAGUACUCCAGAAAGCAUGUCUGCUGGAGGAGAAGCGAUAAUUGCUAAGCUACCUCAAGAGACAGCACGAAGUGACAGGCCCAUCGAGGUAAAAGAAACAGCGUUUGAUCCACAUGAGGGGAGGAAGGAUGAUUCACAUUAUACCCUUUGUCAUGGAGAUACGGCAGGUGUAAUCCAUGACAACGAUUUUGAAAGCGAGUCGCAUUUAGGUAUUUGUAAUGUACGCGUAGAUGAAAUGGGGAAGGAGGAAACCCCAUCCACGCGCAGUCCCAGGAAGACAUAUGACAAGGAGAAACGUGGAAUUGGAAGUGUAACCUCUACAGACGAUCCUUCACAGGUCAUGACAGGCAAUCAAAGAGCUACGUCAAAACUGGGUUUACAUUUGGGAGGGUUACCAACAGACAGUGCAAUAUUCCCAGAAAAUACAGAUCUUGAGCUGCUUCAAGAAGUUUCAGGGAGAGCGGAUUUCGGGGCUGCUCAUUCUGCGUUUAACUCAGACGCUGCCAGCCCUUCCCAGGGCAGCUCUCAGCUGUACAGACGCCGCCCUAAAAAUCCAGAACCCUCAUCCGGAUGGGCAGCUGAGGAGGCAGCAGUUACCGACACGACACUGCGCUCUGCUCCUACUAAGUCAGAAUAUAAUUGCCACCCAGAAAGUGAGAUCCUGGGCCAUGCCACUUGUAAACGCAAAGAUGUUUCCGAAAGUUCAGAGAUAACGGAGUCAUACAGCAGAAGACCAGGGCUUGUGAGUCCGACUCCCCAACAAAACGAAGGUAGCUCGGAAAAAUCCCAAAGCCCAAUGAUUUUAAUCAGUGAACCUCUUGAGAAGCUAGAUAAGGCAAGGUCGGAAAAUGAAGGAUUAAUGCCUUUUGGACAGUCACAAUGCUGUUUGGGUGACAAAGUGUCAGUCAGCUCUGCUUCUGCUACUGUUCCUGCUGAGGAAAUCCAAGCUCCAGGCUCGGAGUCUCUGCUUUCAACAUACAUCAACUCCAAAAUACCAUAUUUCCUUUUGUUUCUGAUAUUUCUUGCAACUGUCUACUACUAUGACUUAAUGAUAGGCUUGGCGUUCUACCUUUUUUCCUUGUACUGGUUGUACUGGGAAGGCGGGAGGCAAAGAGAGUCAGUGAAAAAAAAGUGA